CGGUAUUCGCUGAUUCAGCGGCGCGCUGACUUUAUGGGACGCGUUGUUUGCGGCCGUUGAGUUGGUCAAUAACGAGCAUUUACUGUUCACGCAGUACGUUUAGUGCGAUGUCUCCCACGUAGACGGCACUUGAUAAAUGCCUGUGGCUCUUGUCAUUAUUUCAACCUGGGGUUUCUGUUACAGACUCUGGGAUGACAGCUGUUGAUCUGCCUGCUACCUACACUAUGCCUGCCCAACGCCCUGCUUUUUCCCAAGAGGAGAGAAUGGCUGUGGGGUCCCUGCCCCUCUGGCCCCAGGGAUCAGUGACCUUCGAGGAUGUGGCUGUGGACUUCUCCCAGGAGGAGUGGGAGUUGCUGGACCCUGCUCAGAGAACCCUCUACAGAGAGGUGAUGCUGGAGACCUGCAGGAACCUGGUGUCCCUGGGGUGUUCUCUCUGUCAACCAGUGGCGCCUCCCCACUUGGAGCAAGGAGAAGCCGUGUGGAUGGUGGAUCGUGGAAUUCCCCAAGCCUUUUGUUCAGAUUGGGAGACUAGACUGGAAAUCCAAGAAUCGAUUUAUAAGAAGGUCAUCUUGGGAUGGAAACCAUCCAGUGGUAUGAACAUCAUCAAGUUCACCAGAGGAGAUGGGGAAUGUGUUCAAUUUGAGAAGAACCAUGAAGACUCCCAGAGGCUUUUGAGGCAAAUGGCAUACGUCCAAGUACAGGCAUUUACUCAGAUGAGAGCUUCUGUAUGGAAUGAGUUUGGGGAAAAUGGUAAUCUGAGCUUACACCGUGUUUUAGCACAGGGAAGUCCUCCUAGGAAACAUUUCCAUGAAUGUGACCUCCAUAUUGGGAGUUUGGUAUCUGAUUCUGUCUUAAACAGUCAUCAGGUGGGAUAUGUAGAUCAGAUACCCUGUAACAAUAAUGAAUGUGGAAAAGUCCUCAGCCAAAGCGGUCACCUUAUUCAACAUGAAAGAUCUCAAACAGAGGAGAAAAUGUCUUUGUAUGCUGAAAGUGGAAAAUCAUUUUGUCAUAGUACGGCUCUUACUAUCCACAACAAAAUCCACAUGGUAGAGAAACCCUACGAGUGCGUCCAGUGUGGCAAGGUCUUUAACCGCAGGCACUCACUCAGCGAACAUCAGAGAAUCCACACAGGAGAGAAACCAUAUGACUGUCAGGAAUGUGGGCGAGCUUUCACGCACAGUUCAACCCUCACGCGGCACUUGAGGAUUCACACUGGAGAGAAGCCCUAUGUGUGCACCAAAUGUGGAAAAGCCUUCAACAGGAUUUCCUCUCUCACUCAACAUCAGAGAAUUCACACGGGGGAAAAACCCUACACGUGUGAGGACUGCGGGAAAUCCUUCUGCCAGAGUUCUUACCUGAUUUUGCACAAGAGGACACAUACCGGCGAGAAGCCAUAUGAAUGCAAUGAGUGUGGGAAAGCCUUUAGUGAUCGUUCCUCUUUCAACCAGCACGAACGGACUCACACUGGCGAGAACCCCUAUGAAUGCAAUUGGUGUGGAAGAGCCUUCAGCCAGAGGUCUUCCCUUGUUAGGCAUGAAAGAACUCACACUGGGGAGAAGCCGUAUUGUUGUAACGAAUGUGGGAAAGCCUUCAGCCAGAGCUCUUCCCUUAUUACCCAUCAGAAAACUCACACUAUUCAGAAAACCUUUAAAAUAAUUGAUUGUGGGAAAGCUUUCCAUCAGAGCACCCACUUGAUCGGAUUUUAGAGAUUAUUGUUGUUGUCAGGUGUCGUUGAGUCAAUGUCGACUCAUGGGCGACCCCAUGUGACAGAGUAGA